CCAUUUUUCUGAUGUGAUGUGUUUAACUUUAUUGAAGUAGGGAGCAGCUUGCUAAUCUGUCAGAGAAUCUAAACAACCAACAAUUUAAUGACGUAGUUUACAAAGAGUUUCUACGGGAUUUUCUCGUUAAUUCUUUUGUUGACCGUAAAUUGUUCGACUUCUACAAUGUCCUCCAUGCAGUCAGUGUAAUUAUAGGUCUCUCAGGACAGUGUCCUGCAGAAGAGCCACUUUGCUCUGCCCUCACUCCACAGAGCGAUGCCUCCCUUGUGUCACUGACAUGGAGAGAUGCAGGUUCACUUGCCCUGCGUAGGGGCUUAUCUAGGGCUAAGCUAGGGGGACGGACAAAUAGCAAAGCCAGCCUCAACCCAGCCAGCCGGGCUAAGGGCACAGAAAGCCAUCUGUCCCUUCUCUGUGCAAUAACUGACAACAAAGGGGGUCAAACAUUUAACGAGGACUGUAAAACUAGGGGACUAUUCAUUCUGGAGUGACAAAGAAGAGAGGAAGAGGAACACAUAUUUAUACUAAAACAGCAGGUGUGGCAUGCCGGCAAAGCGUUGUAUUCAUCUAUUGGUGUUGAGUGUUGUAUGAAGCUGAGCGUCUAGACCGUUGAUAAGUGUGAAUAUGUCUGACAAGGAAGGUGGGGCCUCAGAGGGGGGGCUGAAUGUUACCCUCACGUUACGGCUUCUGAUGCAUGGGAAGGAAGUGGGCAGCAUAAUUGGAAAGAAAGGGGAAACCGUCAAAAAGAUGAGAGAGGAGAGUGGCGCUCGCAUCAACAUUUCGGAGGGAUCUUCUCCAGAGAGGAUUGUUACCAUCACAGGACCAACAGAGGGCAUCUUCAAAGCUUUCUCUAUGAUCGCUGAGAAGUUUGAGGAGGACAUUACAGCUGCAAUGACAAACAGCACGGUAACAAGCCAUCCUCCAGUGACACUCCGCCUUGUGUUCCCAGGGAGCCAGUGUGGCUCCUUGAUAGGCAAAGGAGGCUCCAAGAUCAAGGAGAUCAGAGAGACCACAGGUGCUCAGGUGCAGGUUGCAGGGGACAUGCUGCCAGAAUCCACUGAGAGAGCUGUCACUAUCUCAGGCACUCCUCAGGCCAUCACACAGUGUGUCAGACACAUCUGCUCUGUCAUUCUGGAAUCACCGCCCAAAGGAGCAACUAUCCCAUAUCGCCCCAAGACCAUGCCAGGAGCCGGCCACCCAGUAUUUCAACAACAACAUCAACAACAACAUGCUUCACAAGCCUUCACACUUCAAGGACAGUAUGCGUUUCCUAAUCAAGAUUUGACCAAGCUUCACCAGUUGGCUAUGCAGCAUAUCCCCCUCCCUUCCCUUGGGCAAAGCAACCCUACCUUCCCUGGAAUGGAUGCCUCUGUCGCCACAAGUUCUCAGGAGCUGGCGAUACCCAACGACUUUAUUGGCAGCAUAAUUGGCAGACAAGGCAGCAAGAUCAAUGAGAUUCGCCAGGUGUCGGGAGCUCACAUCAAGAUAGCCAGUGCCACGGACGGAUCGCCCAUGCGCCAAGUCACAAUCAUAGGCUCUCCUACCAGCAUCAGUGUGGCACACUACCUCAUCAAUGUCAGCUUAGAGAUGGCUAAAUACACCAUGCAGGCUGCUUCCUCUGCGUCAUCUGUUGACCUCAACAAUAUGAGCUUCUCUCAGUCUGCUCCCACUGUCUCCACACCAACCUCUAUGGCUGUCAUGGCCGCCACCACCCAAGUCCCUGGCACCAUUAACAUGCACUCCCCCUCCACCUUACAGUCCAUCCCCACCCAGCACUAUGCCGUCCCCGUUUCCAGUCUGCUUGGCAUGAAAACGCUCCCUAUGCUGGCUAUGCACCCAGCAGCUGCCUCAGGGCUCCUGCAAGGUCUAUCCCCUUACACCACUAAGAUUCCUACUGCUGGCAUGAAAAAACCUGAGCGCCAGAAGUUUGCCCCAUAUUGACAUAUGGGAUAAGAAUUGAAUUCCCCUUCCAAAAACACGUUUGGGGUCAGUACUGCAUAACACUUGUUCCCUGUUGCAAAGCUUGAUUAAGAUAUAUUGACUGUAUGCAGAGGCCUCAUGCCCGUAGGGGGGACAGGGGCGUGUUCCCCCUCAGAUUUGUCUUGUUGAAAAAUAUUUUUUUGUUGUUUCUCUGUGAUACUACUAGCCACCUAGCAAUUUUAUGAAGUUGGCUUUAGGUAGCACAGAUAGGUUCCCAAUCUCCUACCCUCAUUACUAGCUACCAAGGAUUGCAGGAUAUAGCUUUCAGCUGUUUGACACACACACACACACACACACACACACACACACACACACACACACACACACACACACACACACACACACACACACACACACACACACACACACACACACACACACACACACACACACACAGUAGUGUAACAGUAUUGUUUGCAACUGUAACUAAAGCGAAAUACCUACUUGUGUGUCAGAACAUACACAACAAUACACAGGCAUUUCUCAAACUUACAGUAUGUGAUGCACAGAAACAGCGGAUCCUUCCAGCAGAACAGUUUUCUCAGAUAUGAUGUACUGUAUUUUGUUUUGAAUCGCUGUAAACAGUUGGGCAAUGAUGUGGUUAGGAAAAAGCCAGUUCCAAACCAGAAUUGACGUUGUACCAGCUGCAUUCUAUCGGUAGGGUAACUGUUAGACAACACUUUACUUGACACCCAAGUGGCCAUAACCAUGUCAUAAUAUGUCGUAACAGCUGACAUAAUGUGUCAUAACCUGUUAUAAUAUGGUCAUAACACUGUCAUGACCCAUAUAUUUACACCUCUUGUGACAUAUAUUGCGUUAUUUUAUGGCUGGUUAUGACACCACCUUAUCACCUAUGUCAAAUCCCACAUUUAUUCAAAUGAGUUUUUUCACUGCCAAGACGUUUCUUUCUUAAAUCCUUUGUUGUUGUGGUAAUAUAUUUUUGUUUACAGUCAUGCUUCUUUUUUUUAUCGUAAUGAUCUCGUAGAAAAUGAAGUUUAUUGCACUGCCGUGAAGCAUGAUGACCUCCCUGUGACACUUUACGUGGACUAAGAAAAUACAAUUUAUGAAACUGUCACGAAGCAUCACGACCAUCAUAAUCAUACAAGCCAGAUCGGCCUAUCACGUACAUGCCCUGAUAUCAGUCAUCAGUCAAAAAGAGGGUGUCUUGUCCUGCUGCUGCAAUCUGAUCGUGCAUUCAUCCCAGUCAUCAGCAACAGAGCAUUGGGGUAGGUGCACGUCUGAUAUCAAUGUGUGCGCAAUUCAAAUUCUAAUCGAACAUGGUCCAUUUAAAAAAAAAAAAAUGUAUAUCACAUACAUAAACAUACUGUUGACACGUAGGCUAGGAUGUAAUGGAAUGUUUUGCCUUGUGUGGUAGCUUUUGAGUGUUUUGACACUCUUAUGUAGGUAUCAUAACCAGCCAUAAAAUAACGCAAUAUAUGUCACAACAGGUCUAAAUCUAUUAUAACAGGUUAUGACAUGUUUAUGACCGCGAACGUGAACAUUUAUGACGCUGGUUGUCAAGUAAAGUUAUUACAGUGAAGUUUACUGUAACAAUGGUUUUUCCGCUUGGUCAUGUUUUUUCCUCCUCCUCCAAUAGGCUCUCGUCAGUGGUUACAGACUUGGGUGCUCUGUAGUAUUGUUGCACAUGCAGUGCUGAAGGGAUUACUCUAAAGCCACGUUGGAUUCUUGUGGCUUUGAAUCUACACAAAAACCCUGUAGAGUGGGACUGGCCUAACUAAUUCCUAUUGUUCUGUUUUUGCCACUUGGUUUUCUCAGAACUGAAGUCAAAAUGAACAAACCUCUACAGUCCAAUUCAUAUUCCACUCUGCUCUCAAUAUCUGUGGUUGAUGCAGCACACUAUUGUAACCACGUUAUGUUUAUGCUCGUGUUUUUAAUUAGGUUCUACUCUCAGCUUUGUUGAUGAGCUCUUAUGAUUUGUUAUAUUUGUCCCAGACAUGAAAUUACUUUUAAAUAAAUCAAGCUUUUUACGAAUACAAA